AUGCAGAUGUGGAUCUUAGUUACGCUAAAGGCAUUUGCUACUAGCAACAGCCACAAGGUCAAGAGAGCAUAUGGAGAUUGUGGAAGAAUUCACACGUCCACCGUGACGGACCGACUGCAUCGCCGUUUGAUUCUAACCUUGAGUGGCCGCUCGUCUCGUGUUCUCUCCAAUAAUCAUCUUCCCUUCCUUGAUUCGCAGGAAAAUUCUACAGCCUUUCGCUUGGGUAACGCCCUUCACGGCAGCCGACAGCACUUGUGCGUUCAGCAGCCGCGUAGGAUCACUAUCGGAUUUACAAGUUACAACACAGAGCACGAACAAAAAAACAAUAUGGUCGGCACCACUACGAGUCCAAACCACUCGAGCAUGCUAACUCGACGACGCUCACGCUCGGAAGGAUCCGCAAAAGCUGUUGCGGAGGAGCUCCAAGCGUCGCCGAUACAGUCGCAGGUCGUCUCACAUACACGCUGCUCCAUGACAGAGCUGUACGUGCGAACUUCCGACGGCGUUGUGUUCCAGGACGAGGAAUUCCAACGUGAGAUCGUCGCAAAGACAGAGCGUCUGAUUGAGAUUGCAAUGAGUCCAGAGAGCUCGGAGCGCAAUGCGCUUAUUGCCAAGAAAGCACUCAAGUACCGCGAAAUGCGCUCACGUCGACCUAAUGAGUUAGAACGCCGGGCUGUCUUGUCCCCCGUGACGACAUAUGAUAAAAGAAGACUGAUGGCGAAGUAG